GUCAUUCCUUGUUAUCUCCGUGGCCUUGAGUAAAUUCCUCUCUUAAUCAGGCUGUAUGUGAAACUGCUUGCAGCCAGAGGAGGCUGAAGGUGUGUGUGUCUUCCUUUGUUUGGAGGCUGGCCAGAAACGUGGGAGCAUUUGGGGGAAAUUUGGAGCAAUUAAAUGGCGGUUUGCAUUGCCUCGGUGCUGUGCCCUGGGCCAUCACAAGGACUCUAAAGUGAGGUUGUCUGCUUGUGUGCUUGCCUGCUCAGCAAACCUGAAGAAAGCAGUAGAAGAGCUGGACGAUUCCACCACCGAUCAUGAGAUGCAGGUGUGUUUCGCCCGCAUCAGCAACCUCUCCGGGAAACUCCGCCAGCGAGCCUACAUGAUGGCGUUGAGCAAGCUAAGGUUGGCCCGGAAGAACACCGAAGACAAUCUGGCACAGCUCCAGCAAACCAUUGAUUUGAUUGGACAGGUCCAACGUGUGGACGCGAUGGACUACCAGAAAAGUUUCGAGAAGCUGACUGAAAUCAGCAUCCAAUGGAGUCAGAGGAACUCCCUCCAGCAGCAGUCCGUGAGCCUGCAAACCGAAAGCUUCUCCCCCGGCCAGAGUGUUGACGAAAUCGGUCCGCGACUCGCCCAGAGCAGCGAGAUCGAAGAAAUGGGGGUGUCUAUAUCGAUCAGCAGCAAGGAGGAAGCUCCUGUUCAGGGUGAGACCCCAGAGAUGGUGCCAACGUUUUCUGCAGAGACUGAGAUACUGCCGACCGAAGAAGUCACGCCGCCACCAGACGUCAGCUCUGAAAAGUUGCCAAGUCCUCCAGAAGACGCUGAGCCCAAAGCUCCUCCUGAAGAGGCUGAGCCCGAGGCUCCUCCAGAAGAGGCUGAGCCCGAGGCUCCUCCAGAAGAGGCUGAGCCCGAGGCUCCUCCAGAAGAGGCUGAGCCCAAAGCCCCUCCAGAAGAGGCUGAGCCCGAGGCUCCUCUAGAAGAGGCUGAGCCCGAAGCCCCUCCAGAAGAGGCUGAGCCCGAGGCUCCUCUAGAAGAGGCUGAGCCCGAGGCUCCUCCAGAAGAGGCUGAGCCCGAAGCUCCUCCAGAAGAGGCUGAGCCCGAGGCUCCUCCAGAAGAGGCUGAGCCCGAAGCUCCUCCAGAAGAGGCUGAGCCCGAAGCUCCUCCAGAAGAGGCUGAGCCCGAGGCUCCUCUAGAAGAGGCUGAGCCCGAAGCCCCUCCAGAAGAGGCUGAGCCCGAGGCUCCUCCAGAAGAGGUUGAGCCCGAAGCUCCUCCAGAAGAGGUUGAGCCCGAGGCUCCUCCAGAAGAGGUUGAGCCUGAAGUGCCACCAAGUCCUCCAGAAGAGGUUGAGCCCGAGGCUCCUCCAGAAGAGGUUGAGCCCGAGGCUCCUCCAGAAGUUGAGCCUGAGGCUCCUCCAGAAGAGGUUGAGCCCGAAGCUCCUCCAGAAGAGGUUGAGCCCGAGGCUCCUCCAGAAGAGGUUGAGCCCGAGGCUCCUCCAGAAGAGGUUGAGCCUGAAGUGCCACCAAGUCCUCCAGAAGAGGUUGAGCCAGAGGUCCCACCAAGUCCUCCAGAAGAGGUUGAGCCAGAGAAGCCACCAACUCCUCCAGAAGAGAUUGAGCCAGAGAAGCCACCAACUCCUCCAGCAGAAGUGGAGCCCGAGAAGCCACCCACCCCUCCACCGGAAGUCCCCAAGCCACCAAAGAAGGUAGCAUUGACCCCUGUGGCCAAGGAGAAGGUCCACAGAGACGUGGCUCACAUCACUCUAACAAGUCCUGGUUGCGAUGAAGACGACUUGCUGUUAAGGAUGGCUAGAAGUGAAGAAGAUAUCGCCUCCGAAGUAGAAACCAAAACGCUAGAGAUGUCCCGGAGCCUGACCAGCAACUUGAAGAACACUUAUGAGAGUCUGUUGGCCAACUUGAAGGAUCUUCCCUCCAAUCUCCAAAACAAGCUGUACCAAACCUGUCGUGAUAUGAGCGAGCUGCACUCCUCCUUCGCCUCCGCCCACUGUUUCAGCGACUUGUCCAGCGGCCUCUUGAACAAGAGCUUCGCCGUCAUGGCGGAAGCCCAAGGCUCGAUGGAUGAACUCAUGGAAUUCGCCUUGCAAAGCCCCAAGGCCCUCCUGUGGCUGAAGGACUAUUUCCCUCCCAUCCUAAGCAGGAGGCAGGAGGCCCCCGACAGCAUGGCGGAGCGUGAAGCCGAAGAAGAGAUGCCCCCGUUCGACAUGAGGGAUAUCGAGAGCAACAUCCUCAAAAUCCAGAAAGCCUACGAUCCCGGAGAGUGCUACAACGGAGCCCUUUUCGCGAAGGAGGCGGCGGAGGCGGAGGAGGCCCCACCUUCAAGAGAAUCGGAGGACAUCCUCAAAAUCCAAGAGGCGUACGAGCCUCAAGGUUGCAAGGAGGACGCAACUCCUAGCGGGGAUGAGAAGGACGUGUCCCCUCCGAGCAAGGACGAGUCAAAGAACUGGGGCAUCAUGAAAAUGCUGGAGACCUACGUGCCCAAAAUCUCCACUAUCCAAGGACUGCUGGAGAAGAAGAACCUCCCCUCUUCUCUCCAGAAGGAAGAGGAAGACGCGCCCGCCCAGGAAGUGGAAGAAGCCUUGCCCAGCAGAGACGAUAUCCUGAAGCUCCUUCGGGCUUACGAACCCAAAGGUUGCGAAGAAUCGUCUGACCCAACGGAAGUCCCAACUCUUGGUCCAAAAGACGUCCCUCUUCCGAGCAGGGCGGACAUCCUGAAACUCCUGCAGGCUUAUGAGCCCCAAGAGUGUCACGACGACAGACUGCCCAGCAAGGAGGAGAAAGAGGAAAUUGAGGCACUCCGAAUGUCUAUUAAGGAAGCACCUUCCAUCAAGAAGGUAGAGUUCCCGCCUCCUGUCCGGAAGGAAGACGUCAUUCCACCUCCAGUCCAGAAGGAAGCAGUCGUCCCACCUCCUGUCCAGGUGAAAGUAGUCCCAUCACUUGUCCAGAAGGAAGACGAGGUCCCACCACCAGUCCAGGUGGUAGUAGUCCCAUCACUUGUCCAGAAGGAAGACGAGGUCCCACCACCAGUCCAGGUGGAAGUAGUCCCAUCACUUGUCCAGAAGGAAGAAGAGGUCCCACCAUCCGUCCAGGAAGACGUCCCGCCGCUUAUCCAGAAGGAAGAAUUCCCACUCCCUGUCCCAUACGCUACUCAGAGCAACUUGAUUUCAAGCAGGGAUAACAUUCUGAAGCUCGAGGUCAACAGGAGCAAUAACAACAACGAAGUCCCCCCCUUGGCCCCGGAGGAAGAGAAACAGCCCCCCCCUGAGCAGCCGAAGAACCUCUUGGAGAUCCAGAAAGCCCACGAACCCAGAGAAUGCGAGGACGGCUCCUCCAUCCGGACACAAGCAGGGGAGGGCUCCUCUUCCGCUCCGCGGGAGCGGGUGGACAUCCUCAAAAUCCAGCGGGCCUACGACCCGAAAGAAUGUGAGGAGAUGACACCCUACAGAGAGGCGGAGGACGCCUCCGCGGCGGGAUCGGCAGCCUCUGGACGUUCCGAGUGGAGCCUCUUCAAACUCGUGCAGUCCUACAUCCCCAAGAGUAUCAAGGAGGAGAUUUUUAGCAAGAAGGAGGAAGACAAGUAGAAAGAUGGAAGCAAGACCGGGGGGGGGGAAUGUUUUGGAAACAGGGUGCUCAGCAGGGACUGCAAAUGGCGGUGGACUCGCCCUGGAGAAUGACCCAGGUGGUCGGUCUCCGUGAAGCCGGGCAUGCAGCAUGAAUUACUAAAGAACGAGACCUUGAGUCAGCAGCUCACUUGAAUUGGUGCUUGCGUGUUUGAUGCUGACGGUCGCACUCCACCUAUCAU